UGGCGCUCGUGGGUGAUCCUCCCCACUUCUCCUUGUCGUGGUCUAACCUCUGAGUGACACUUGACAAAAUUCCUCGGAUCUGCGUGUGUUGUCCUCAUAAGAUCCCGAAAUCUGACAAACUGGUUCCGGUUCGCUCCCGGUCCGGUGGGCGUCUCACGAGCCCGGUACCAUCUUAGCAUACUAAGUUAGCUUUGAGUUUUGUUACCCGGUAGAGUUUUAGAAUCCAGACCGUCCACGCCACCGAAGAAAGCGAUGUUCCGCCUCCUUAGUCGCCAGGGCCGGAGGCGUCCAAGCUGUCUAUUAGGUCAACGACGUCAUGAACACCACCGUGCCGUCAUGGCCAUCCGGCGUGAGGACAUCAACCCUUGGGAAAGGCGGGCUCCCCUUGCCCCUCGCCACGUCCGCGAGCUCACGCAGGAUGGCAUUAAAGUCCUGGUGCAGCCGUCCAACCGCAGGGCCAUCCAUGAGAAGUUCUACGCCAAAGCGGGCGCCAUCAUCCAGGAGGACAUUUCGGAAGCAUCGCUCAUCAUUGGCGUUAAGAGACCACCCGAGGAAAAAGUGAUCCCAAAGAAGACAUACGCUUUCUUCUCACACACAAUUAAGGCACAGGAGGCCAACAUGGGACUGCUGGACGACCUGCUCAAGAAGGAAGUUCGCCUGAUUGACUACGAGAAGAUGGUGGACGCUAAUGGCUAUCGUAUUGUGGCGUUCGGACAGUGGGCUGGUGUUGCAGGCAUGAUCAACAUUUUACAUGGUUUGGGUCUUCGCUUCCUGGCACUUGGACACCACACCCCUUUUAUGCACAUCGGCAUGGCGCACAACUACCGUAACGUAUCGCAGGCCAUCCAGGCCGUGCGGGAUUGCGGCUACGAGAUCUCCAUGGGCCUCAUGCCUAAGUCCAUCGGUCCAGUCACCUUCUGCUUCACUGGAACCGGCAAUGUCUCCAAGGGAGCACAGGACAUAAUCAACGAGCUUCCUGUGGAAUAUGUAGAGCCUCACGAGCUGAAGGAUGUGUGUGAAACUGGAGAUAUGACCAAAGUAUACGCCACCGUGCUCAGUCGUCACCAUCACCUGGUGAGGAAGAGUGACGGUAUUUACGACCCCAUGGAGUACGAGAACCACCCGGAACUCUACACAUCACACUUCAGAACCAGCGUGGCGCCUUACACCAACUGCCUGAUCAACGGUAUCUACUGGGACCCUCAGACCCCGAGACUCCUACGCCGCCUGGACGCCCAACGGCUGCUCAGACCUUCCAAGAGCAACAGCGCCACUAGCGAGGGCAUGCCGGAACUGCCUCACAAGCUGUUAGCCAUCUGCGACAUCUCGGCAGACACAGGCGGUUCCAUCCAGUUCAUGAAUGAGUGCACCACCAUCGACAAACCAUUCUGCAUGUAUGACGCAGAGCAGCACAUCGACCAUGACAGCGUGGAGGGCCACGGCAUCCUGAUGUGUUCCAUAGACAACCUUCCCGCUCAGUUGCCAAUCGAGGCCACCGAGUACUUUGGUGACCGCCUCUUUCCGUACAUCUGGGAGAUGCUGCCUUCAGAUGCAACUAGACCUCUUGAUCAAGAAGACUUCAGCCCACAAGUCCGAGACGCAGUGAUCACGUCCAAUGGAGCCUUGACGCCAAAGUUCGAGUACAUCGAGAAGCUUCGACAGCAACAGGAAAAGUCUCAGAUCCUGAAGAAAGGCGGCAUGAAGCGAGUUCUGGUGCUCGGUACCGGAUAUGUCUCCGGCCCUGUCGUAGAGUACCUGACCCGGUGCGACAAGACGCAGCUAACUGUGGCAUCUGUGAGCAUGAAGCAGGCACAGGAUCUGUCGAACAAAUACCCGAACACGAUCCCCGUCAUGCUGGACAUCUGCAGCCAGGAAGCACACCUCGUGUCCCUCAUACAAGACCAUGACCUUGUCAUCAGCCUACUUCCCUAUGGCCUUCACCCCCAGGUGGCCAAACACUGCAUUGACAAGAAGGUCAACAUGGUCACCGCCAGCUACCUUAGCCCUGCUAUGAAGGACCUGCAUGAUAGGGCAGUAGAGGCGGGCGUGACUCUCGUGAAUGAGAUGGGAUUGGAUCCCGGUAUUGAUCACAUGCUAGCCCUGGAGUGUAUUGAUCAGGCCAAAGCUGAUGGAUGCGCUGUGGAAUCAUACGUGUCGUACUGCGGCGGACUUCCUGCUCCCGAGUGUUCAGACAAUCCUCUGCGCUACAAGUUCAGCUGGAGUCCUUCUGGCGUUCUCCUUGCCUCCAUCAGCCCUGCCGUCUUCCUUCGCGACAAUCAGAUGGUUAGUAUUCCAGGAGGCGGUGGUCUGAUGGAUGCUGUCACGCCCAUGGAAUUCUUUCCUGGCUUCAACUUUGAAGGUUAUCCCAACCGCGACAGCACCAAAUACGCAGAACUCUAUGACAUACAGGACACGCACACGUUGCUCAGAGGAACGCUUCGAUACAAGGGUUUUUCCAGAGCCAUGCGUGGUUUUGUCAAAUUGGGUCUGAUCAACAGCGAGCCUUGUCCCAUCCUCCACAACGCAUCGUCACCUGUCACAUGGAAAGCUCUUCUGUGUCAUGUGAUGGAUUUGCCCGCCUCGACCUCCAGCGAUGUGUUUGAAGCCGCUGUGUUCGAACGCGUCGAUGGGGACGAAUGCAGCAUGGAUUCCCUCAGAUGGUUUGGUAUGCUAAGUGACGAUCCAAUUCCUCACGCCGACAGCAUUCUCACUGCACUCAGCAGACAUCUGGAAGCCAAACUCUCGUUCGGAAGCGGUGAGCGCGACAUGAUUGUGCUGCGUAGCGACUUUGGCCUCCGUCACCCGACAGGCGAACUGGAGAACAAAUGUGUCAGUUUGGUGGUGUACGGCGAAGAUGGACGAUUCUCUGCCAUGGCCAAGACUGUCGGAUACCCCGCCGCCAUUGCCGCACGCAUGCUCCUCGAUGGUGAGAUAUGUUCCAAGGGUGUCUUGCUACCCAUGAGUAAGGAGAUCUACGUGCCCGCAUUGAAGCGUCUCAAGGACGAAGGCCUGAACAUCACCACCACCAGCACCCUGGUCGAAUCUUCAUGAUUCUUUUUAGUGCUCGAGCACUAGGUAGUGCUCGGGCCCUCGAGAUUUAAAUUUCAAUGCUGUUUAUUAUGCUUCGGAACAAUCAGUUGCUUCUAGGGAGCUCAGCGUGACCCCAUUUUUAUGCAUCCUGGUGACAAGGAAUUCAUUUGUCACCUAAAGCAACCUCUGUAGAGUUGACAUCAGUUUCACCCAUUGACAUGAAGUUGAAUGGAUACUGCGUGAACAAAAAGGUCCAAAGGGCCUAUAUAGGAAAUUGUUAAAGAAGUGGGCCAUUUUGGUUAAAAGUACCCAUUUCAUUCAUAGUCACACUAAGCGAUAUGUUGGGAGGAAGGGGGUGGGGGGUGUGAUUAUCCCGCAACCUGUUUUACCCAUCAACAUGAAAUUCUUUAAUUAAUUAAUUAAUUUCUUCAAUAGCAGGACACUCCAUAAAGUCUCAAGAACCUUUGCUGGCAACUGACCAGAAGUCAUUCAUUUUGGUAUGAAGGAGCCGAUUUGGGGGGGGGGGGGGGGGGGAAAUAGACCCUGACACCAAUAUCUGUAGACCAACAGGAAAUUGAGUGGGAAUAUAUAAAACAGGGCACACAAAAAAAUCUCAGGGAUUAAAAAACAGACAGCCGUUUUGGUGGUGUAAAGUUUGAACAAUAAAAAGCACAAUUAUCCCCUGCUACCAGUUUCAGUUUGAAAUGAAGAUGGAUGGGCAUGUUUAUCGACGUGUUGUCUCAGGGACCCAUGCCCAAAUUGAACAUGAAAUCAAAUCCAAAGCCUUUGAUUUCACAAUUUCACAUGAGGGAAUCUGCCCAAAUGAAGCCAAAUUUAGAAAGAACUUUUUCAUUUGGGAAAAAAAAAUUGGGAGUGAGGGUUUGUGUAUUGUUAUUGUCAUCAUGAUGAAUGUUAUUAUGAAUGUCAUGCUACUGAUGAGGAUGUUACUUAACAGCAUCUUUUAAAAAAAAAAAAAAUUACGAACUGUCAUGUUCCCUGGAAUAUACCGAUAUAUAAGAAUAUAUAUUUCUAUGCUGCAUUUCUAGGUCAAGAAAAAAAAAUCUUUAUGAAGAGGUCAAAAGACUGCUUUAUGAGUUUGAAGUAAAGUAUGAAAUAAGACUAAUGUUACAAGAACAUUAAUUGGAGACUUCAACAAGAAUGUGUGUGGGGAAACAACUGAUUUUUUUCUUUUAGCUCUCUUUCGUUAUUUAUUUUGACCGUUUUGCUCGUUAGUUGCGCAUAUUUUGACACGUUCCCCCCUUUCCGGUUUCUUCUUGCACACAUGUAAAAGCUUAAAGUUUGUUAUUAAAAUCCUGCAGACAA